AUGCUUGCAGGAGAGAAUCCGUACAUGGUGGCCACAGAAAAUGGAAACAUGCUCUACAAAUGUGUAGGCUUUGAUGGUUGUAGCAUGACCUUCAAAAGUGGGCAUCAGUUAGAGCAACACAAUAAGGCCACUCAUGGUCUGAAAAAAUCAUUCAAGUGUGAACAGUGCUCAAAGGUCCUGAAGGAUGUCAGAGAAUUUGCCAAACAUUUGUAUAUGCACCAAGCAGAAAAAGUUUACAAAUGCCAAGUUUGUGCCAAAGUUUUUGCAAUGCCAAAUCUCAGAAAUGACCAUAUGAGGAAACAUACAGCAAAGCCAGAGAUCUGUGAACAAUGUGGCAAUUUUUUUAAAAAUCUCAAACAACUUCGCGCCCAUAUUAAAGACCAGCAUCACGACCCUGUUUUAUUUUGUAAUGACUGUGGAAAGGGGUUUAGCACAAAGCAACGUUUGAACAAACACAAAGGAGUACAUACUAAGCCAUACCAGUGCAAUGAAUGCGGAAAACGGUUUGCACGAACUGACCAUCUCCGUUCACAUGAAUGGAUACACACAGGAGAGAAGCCGUACAAAUGUUCAACUUGCCCCGAGGCCUACAGGGAAUUGCGCUCAUUGAGAGAGCAUGCGGCAAAAACACACAAUAUCUUUAUACCAAAGAAAGAUAAUAGUGUAUAUGACCCAGAAAUCAAAGGAGUGAAUUCACCUUAUUGGAGUAAAAUUUUCAAAUCAUAA